AUGAGAGGAUAUGGUGGAUCAUCAAAGACGGGAGGUAAGACAGAUCAGGAAAGACAUCACUUCUUCGUAUACGAUAAGUUCAAUGGUAAAAACACAGUUUCUUUCUACUUCACAAACAUCCCUCCAGAUCAUAAUGAACCAGAGCUUUGGGAAACCUUCAAGAAGUUUGGAAAGAUUGUGGACAUCUUCAUUGCAAGGAAAAAGAAGAAAGCUAAUCAGAGAUUUGGAUUGGUCAGAUAUUUGGGCAUAGAGAACGUUAAAAUCUUUGAGGUGAAACUCAACAAAAUCUGGCUAGGGUUUUUCAAACUGAGAGUCAACCUUGCAAGAUCCCAAAAAAGGUCAAUAGUAAAAGUUAAUGAACAAAAUCAAAAUCACAAACUAAAAAGUGUGAUUAUUAGACCAAACAAAUUAAAGAGCAUAGUUAUUCAAAAGAAUAAGGAGGCAUUUGGGAAGCCUUCUUUUGUUGAGGUUGUGAAAUGUAACAAAGCUUCAAUGGGUAAUGGUGAAGGAAGUGAAGAGAAUGGAAAGGAUCGGAAAUCAAGUCAAGAUCUGGAUAGGCAUGAGAUUAAUGUAUGCUAA